AUGCCUCGCGCUCCUAGAUCAUACUCCAAGACCUACACUGUUCCCAGACGUCCUUACGAUCUCUCCCGUAUGGAUGCCGAGCUUAAGCUCGCUGGUGAGUUCGGUUUGAAGAACAAGAGAGAAAUCUACAGAAUUGGUCUUCAGCUCUCUAAGAUCAGACGUGCUGCUCGUGAUCUUUUGACUCGUGACGAGAAGGACCCCAAGCGUCUUUUUGAGGGUAAUGCUCUUAUUAGACGUCUUGUUCGCAUUGGUGUCUUGAGUGAGGACAAGAUGAAGCUUGAUUAUGUUCUUGCCCUUCGCAUCGAGGAUUUCUUGGAGAGAAGACUUCAAACUCAGGUUUUCAAGCUUGGUCUUGCCAAGUCUGUUCACCAUGCCCGUGUUUUGAUUAAGCAGAGACACAUUCGUGUUGGCAAGCAGUUGGUUAACGUUCCUUCUUUUACUGUUCGUCUUGAUUCUUCUAAGCACAUUGAUUUUGCUGCUACUUCUCCUUACGGUGGUGGUCGCUCCGGCCGUGUUAAGAGAAAGAACCAGGCCAAGGCUUCUAGCGGCGAUGAUGCUGCUGAGGACGAGGAGUAA